AUGUUUAAUGAUAUUUUCCUCGCGAUCACAGAGAACCCCAUUCCUAUCGCCAUUCAUCUCACCCCUCUCAUCGGCCACUAUGCUAUCCUCGAGUUCGCCAAAUCGCCCACCCGUCUCCCUUUCCGUCGUGCGUCACGUCACCAUCUCGUCGCCCUCUUCGUCGCCCUCUCUCCCCUCCUCUCCUCCCGUCGGCCUCUCUCUCGCCCCUCCCUACCGAUCGCCCUCCCGUCGCUCGCCCCGUCGCGCUCUCUCUCUCCGCUCCCUUCCCGUCGCCCUCUCUUUCGCCCCUCCCUUCCCGUCGCGCUCUCUCUCUCUCCGCGCCCUUCCCAUCGCCCUCUCUCUCGCCCCUCCCUUCCCAUCGCUCUCUCUCUCUCCGCUCCGCCCUCUCUCGCGCUCCUCCUUCGAAUCGCGCUCUCUCUCCGCUCCCUUCCCGUCGGCCUCUCUCUCCGCUCCCUUCCCGUCGCGCUCUCUCUCUCCGCUCCCUUCCCCUCGCCCUCUCUCUCGCCCCUCCCUUCCCGUCGCGCUCUCUCUUUCCGCUCCCUUCCCGUCGCCCUCUCUCUCGCCCCUCCCUUCCCGUCACGCUCUCUCUCUCCGCUCCCUUCCCAUCGCCCUCUCUCUCGCCCCUCCCUUCCCUUCGCGAUCUCUCUCUCCGCUCCCUUCCCGUCGCCCUCUCUCUCGCCCCUCCUACCCGUCGCGCUCUCUCUCUCCGCGCCCUUCCCGUCGCCUUCUCUCUCGCCCCUCCCUUCCCAUCGCGUUCUCUCUCUCCGCUCCGCCCUCUCUCUCGCUCCUCCCUUGGAAUCGCGCUCUCUCUCCGCUCCCUUCCCGUCGCGCUCUCUCUCUCCGCUCCCUUCCCAUUGCCCUCUCUCUUUUUGCUCCCUUCCCAUCCUCCCUUCUCGCUCGCCUCGAAUAGCCCUCCCGGCGACCUUCGACUCUUCCAUCACGUAUGCCCUCCUUUCUCCGUCGCCUCUCUCGUUCUCCCUCUGCUAUCGCGUCAGCGGGACCCAUUCCGUACUCUGUUAUUGUGUAUGGUUUGUUUGUUUUUUCUGUCUUUCCAUCUAUUCUCGACACCCUCUCUCCCACCGCCUAUCCUUUCUCCCGUGGCCUAUCUUUUCUCCCGUCGCCCUCCCGUUUCCCGUCGCCCUCCCGUUUCCCGUCGCCCUCCCGUUUCCCGUCGCCCUCCCUUUUCCCGUCGCCCUCCCGUUUCCCGUCGCCCUCGCGUUUCCCGUCGCCCUCGCGUUUCCCGUCGCCCUCCCGUUUCCCGUCGCCCUCCCUUCUUCCGUCGCCCUCCCUUUUCCCGUCGCCCUCGCGUUUCCCGUCGCCCUCCCGUUUCCCGUCGCCCUCCCGUUUCCCGUCGCCCUCCCGUUUCCCGUCGCCCUCGCGUUUCUCGUCGCCCUCCCGUUUCCCGUCGCCCUCCCGUUUCCCGUCGCCCCCCUUCUUCCGUCGCCCUCCCAUUUCCUGUCGCCCCCUUCUUCCGUCGCCCUCCCGUUUCCUACGCCCUCCCUUCCCGUCGCCCUCCUGUUUCCCGUCGCCCUCCCUCUUUCUCUUCAUUCGCGUCACCUUGCCCAUCAUAAUUUCCCCCCUAGUGCUGUUUUUCUCUUCUGUUUCCCGUUAUUGCACCUCUCCCAAGCCUCACGUCCAAGGCAGCACAUUGAUCAGAGCUCUACUAGCUCUAAUAACGUUCAAACACUUUCACUCUCAUCACGUACAUGUGUGUCUGCUUGGGAUUUAGCGUGA